GCCCCUGCCAGCUGCUCGAACGGCAGACCGCCACACCGCACGCGAAGGCUUUGAAAGCCCCCGCCGCGUUUGGCCAUUACCCGGCGCCCUACAGCGACGGACGGACGGACGGCGUCACGGCGGCCGAAAUGACGUGAACGCCCCUGUGGAAAAGGAAUGAAGCGAGCGCACAGCGCACUGCCCAUUUAUUUCUGGAGAAAAUCUGUGGCGUGACUCGACUCGAGGACGUUGUCUGCAUAGACCGUUCCACUACUUGAAGUCUUGCAGGGACCUAGUUAUUAGCUAGCUAGCGGCUGCCGCCUGCCGCCCAGCAAAAUCGAGCACACAGGGAAAGCGCCGAGAAGAAUAGUGGACAUGGGACGGGAGCCGGAGAUGGAGGAAGCACGGGAGAAUGGGGGCGUCGGCGGCUCUGUGCUGCCUCUGGCCUCGCUCAUCUCUCCAACUGGGAACGAGGCCUUGUACUGUGGCAAGCGAACAAUAAGCACAUCCUUGAUUUCUGGGGUGGAUUUGAACAUGCUAGGCUGGAUAUAAAUCAUGCGGGUGAAUUGAUCUGAUAUUACGAAAAUCAAUAUAUAUUGUGCUAUGGAUGUAUCAGUUCAGUCAGACGGCAAAAUCAAAGUGCAGAUUUCUGAGCUAGAGGGCAAGAUCAUAGGGCUGUACUUCGCUGCAAACUGGUACCCCAAGUGCGAGGCCUUCACCCCCGCGCUGACCGCCGCCUACCACCAGCUCAAGGAGCACGGCGCCGGCUUCGAGGUCAUCUUCGUGUCGUGCGACGAGAAUCGACCGUCCUUCGAGAGGUUCCACCGCGCCAUGCCGUGGCCCGCCGUGCCCUUCGGCGACAUCGGGUGCAAGAAGCGCCUCAGCGAGAGGUUCCAGGUCGAGGGCAUCCCGCGCCUGGUGGUGCUCGCCCCGAACGGCGAGGUCGUGCAGCCUGAUGCCGUCGAGCUCGUGCACCGCUACGGCGAUCGGGCAUUCCCCUUCACGUCGGCGAGGGUGGCGGAGCUGGAGGCCGACGAGCAGCGCAAGUUCGCGUCUCAGACGCUGGAGAAGAUCUUCUCCGUCAGCGGGAAAGACUACGUGAACGGUAGCCAAGAACAGGUUCCCAUCUCGAGCCUAGUCGGGAAGACGGUAGGGCUCUACUUCUCGGCGCACCGGUGUGCGCCGUGCAUCAAGUUCACCGCGAAGCUGGCCGCCAUAUACAGCAACCUGAAGGGCAAGGCCGAGGACUUUGAGAUAAUCUACAUCCCCAUGGACAAGGAGGAGGACGGGUACCUGCGGUCGUGCAGCGACAUGCCGUGGCUGGCGCUGCCGUACGACGACGGCGCGUCGUCGGGGGCGCUGGCCAGGUACUUCGACGUCCGGGAGAUCCCGACGCUGGUGGUGGUUGGGCCCGACGGCAAGACGGUGACGAGGGAGGGGAGGAACCUGGUGAACCUCUACUUCGACAUGGCGUUCCCGUUCACCGACGAGCAGAUCAGGCUGCUGCAGGAGAUGGAGGACGAGGAUGCCAAGGGGUACCCGCCGUCGCUGCGCCACACCGGCCACCGCCACGAGCUAAGCAUCGUGUCUGACAAGUCGGGAGGAGGGCCGUACAUCUGCUGCGAGUGCGACGAGCAGGGGCUCGGUUGGGCGUACCAGUGCAUCGCCUGCGGCUACGAGAUACACCUCCGGUGCGGUCGGGACAUGGAAGGCAGGGCGGAAUAGGAGCAUAGGGCCCUCCAACUCGUAGUAUAUUGAACUGAACGUGGUGUGGUGUGGUGUGUGUCUAUUGAUCUGAACAAAGCUUGGGUUGCUCUUGCCAAGCCUGAUGGCAGAAUAGAUGAGGAUAACACAAGUGGUUUCUGUACUUCUGUUAUGUGUUCCUUGGCUGCAAAAGUGAUGCAGUUCAGGGUGUUGAAUAAACGUGAUAAUGCUGGAUACGAACGAAGACUUGGGUCU